GGAAUGUGGAGCACAUCCCUGUGCAGCCAUUGAACGUUCCCAAAGACGCCCAUCCUCCAGCGGGGCCCCAUUCUGUUGGCCUAAAAUGGAACUGGGCCUGUAAUUGCCUGUGUGUUGCCCGUGUUGUAGCUUGUCACAGUGCUGGCUCCUGGAGAUGCAAGAGGAAAAGGGUUUAAUUCUGUCUGGAGUUGAGCUGCCAGUGGCAGAUUCGGGCCAAUUAAAGGAAAUUGUGGCAAGAGGUACAUGUUCUCAAGAAUCGGGCAGGGAGAACAUGUGAUGAGAUUGGAUUUUUCUUCUGCCUUAAGUGACUAAAUAACCCCAAUAGUCUUAGUUUUGCAAGGGUAUUGAGUACAAUCUAGCAUUGUGAUAAGUGUAGACAUUAUACUUGUGUCUGUGAUUCAGAUAGAUACUCAGAAGGAUAAAUUGUGUACUGUGUACUGAUUCCUGCUCUCUUGAUGUAGGGUACAAAGACAAAGGUUUGGCUCCAGUGUCAUUACAUUGUUUCAGAAAGGAUUAGAUAACUUCCACUCACUAGAUUGCAGUCUUGUUUGACAGCCGAAGACUGUGUGUUUGAUGGAACAUCAUGCAGGGUGUUCUAGAAAUGUUUUAUGUGCAGCGCUUCAGUGGACACACGAGGACUGUGUAAGAUUCAUUAGAAUUCCAACCUGCAGACGUACCCAGUACCCACGUGGAUAAAAAUAAUUUGGAUAGGCAGCAGAAAUGUUGUUGAAUGUAAUUUAAAAACCACUAGAGGGCGCUAUUGGGUUAGUUAUACGUCAGAAAUCUGGCAUAUACGGUUCGAGCAUUUGAGGGGUAUGUAGACUACGAAUAAUUGUAUGUGAUAGACCUAGAGUAGGCUAUAAGGGGCAAUCGAAUAAACUAAUUUGAAUGCACAAGUCAGUUAAAAAACAAUCAAUUAAACAAAUAAAACAAAACAAAACCAAAUAAAUAAUGUGGUGUGUUUUUUCUCAGCGGCAGUAUGCACAUAAAGCAUAUUAAAACGACAGAUGAUAAUGGUGUAUUAGCUGUGCUUUGUAAGGAUAUGUGUAAGGUAAUGUGUGAGGGAAGAUUGGCACGGUACUUAAAAAGGAGAUUAACAUCUUUGAACGUGGCGUUUUCAGGCUAAUCUUUAAAGCGAAUUUAAAAUGUACUGCUUAAGAUGGUAUCGGACCUAAGCCCCUGCAAGCAGGAUUUCUAAAGACGGGGAAUUGCUCUACUGGACAAUUUCGUGGUGCAAUUUCCACUGGUAGCCAAAUAUCUAAUAGUCUACUAGAAUCGGCUUUGGUACGGAGACGCAUAUGGAAUGCCUCCGUAGUAGUUCAACUUCACACACGCACGCCAUAUUUUGUUCGAAAUAUGUUGAGGCUAGUCUAUAGAUCGGUUGAAGCCAAGUUAUGAAAAAAUGAGAUUUAUCAGUGCCAUUCUGCACUGGUGUUCCUACUUAUUCGUGGAAAAACUCCGAAGCACACGAGCCGCCUUUCUGACAGUUCUCCGGCGUCCUCUAUGCCAGUCUGGAAAAGGUUAAAAAUUAGUCUGUGGAAAAGCCCAUUGUUGGGUGCUGAAGAGGGGGAGAAUGGCACAUACCAUUCAGCGAGCCAUUCAGCUUCAGUGAAUGAAUUGUCGUUGUUUCAAAUCCCCCUGCCUGAGGUUGAAGGGGUCUACGGUACGCGCACAGAGUCCCAAAUCCAGUUUUUAGUAGAAAACUUGAAUAACUAAGGAAUUCCCUGGAUUUACAGAGUUGCACUGGAAAAGCUAAAGUGAUGCACUCCAAAUGGACGUGAACUACCAAGACUCUGCCACUCAUCCUCCUUUGACUUGAGAGAAGGACCAGAAAGUUGCCUAGAAUUAACUGACAUUCUAAACGCAGCGAAAUUAUGUGACAACGAACAGCGAAGUUUGGAUUUUUUUUUCAUCAAAAAUACAUCUUGAAAUUAGAUCGAGGACGCAUUGUGACACUUGCCGAAGUCGUUUUUCGCUUAUGUUCCUUGGCUGGUUUGCAUGGGAGUACUCGGAUCCCCGUUUAACGGGAACGUCCAGUGGAGACGGCAUGACCAAUUUGAGUGUGUUGACUGCAAAAGGGUUUGCCCAAUUUCAUGAGGAGUAGGUUUCAUAUAAUCUGGGUCACAAAAUUGGAGACAGCAUACUCGUGUCGAUAAUCAUCUUUGAACUUUAGAAAAAAAGAGAAACUGGACAAUUAAGGGCGACCGAUAACUCUGUUUAUUCCUUCUCACAGUGACUUGCCAAACGUGAAAUCCCACUGGAGAAAUCAUCAAAACUGGAUUACUAGUCAAUUGAAUAGAUAAUAUUGCCGUUAUCGUCAUUUGGUUUAUGCAAAUGAAAGGAACUAAAGAGAAAGCUGAUGCCGAGAUGCUCAAUCUGUAAAUUAAAUUCACAAAACACUUUUACCUCACAGUAGUGAUAUUAUGAAGGAUAGAGAAAUCGCACAAUUUAAGUGACAUUUUGUGGAUUACACAGACAUUCUUCUUCACGUCAACUUUGACACUAUGUCGGCGAUUUCUUUUGGGUUUGCUGUUUUACUUGGAAUAAUUCAAAUUGGCUCAGGAUCCCGACUACGUCAGGAAGACUUCGCUCCCAGGAUAGUGGAGCACCCCUCUGACCUGAUCGUGUCCAAGGGUGAGCCGGCCACCCUCAACUGCAAGGCGGAGGGCCGGCCCACACCUACGGUGGAGUGGUACAAGGACGGCGAGCGCGUGGAGACGGACCGCGACAACCCACGCUCGCAGCGCAUGCUGCUGCCCAGCGGCUCGCUCUUCUUCCUUCGCAUCGUCCACGGCCGCCGCAGCAAGCCUGACGAGGGCUCCUACGUGUGCGUGGCCAGAAACUACCUUGGUGAAGCGGUCAGCCACAAUGCAUCGCUGGAAGUAGCCAUCCUGAGAGACGACUUCAGGCAGAACCCGGUGGAUGUGAUGGUGGCGGCGGGCGAGCCGGCCGUGAUGGAGUGCAUGCCCCCCCGCGGGCACCCAGAGCCCACCAUCUCCUGGAAGAAGGACGGCCUUAACAUAGACGACAGAGAUGAGAGAAUCACGAUCCGAGGGGGGAAGCUGAUGAUCACCAACGCGAGGAAGAGUGAUGCGGGGAAGUACGUGUGCGUGGGCACCAACAUGGUGGGCGAGAGGGAGAGCGAGAUCGCCGAGCUAACUGUCCUGGAGCGUCCAAGCUUUGUGCAGAAGCCCAGCAGCAUGUCGGUGCUGGUUGAGCAGAGUGUGGAGUUCAGGUGUGAGGCGCGGGGCGACCCGGUUCCCACGGUGCGCUGGAGGAAGGAGGACGGAGACCUGCCCAAAGGAAGGUAUGAGAUCAGGGAGGACCACACGCUGAAGAUCCGUCGGCUGACGUCAGGAGAUGGAGGAUCCUACACCUGCGUGGCGGAGAACAUGGUGGGCAAGGCGGAGGCGUCAGCUACGCUCACCGUCCACGUUGUAUCUGUGCCCCCGGUGUUUGUGCUGCGGCCCCGGAAUCAGGUGGUGGCUGUUGGCCGCACCGUCACAUUCCACUGUGAAGCCACCGGAAGCCCCCAGCCCGCCAUCUUUUGGCAGCGAGAAGGCAGCCAGAACCUACUCCUGUCCUCCCAGCCGCCCCAGCCCAGUAGCCGUCUGUCUGUGUCACAGACCGGCGACCUGACCAUCACCAACGUGGAGCGCAGCGACGUGGGUCACUACAGCUGCCAGGCCCUUAACAUCGCCGGCUCUGUCAUCACCAAAGCCCUGCUGGAGGUCACCGAUGUCAUAUCAGACAGGCCCCCACCGGUGGUCAAGCAGGGCCCCACCAAUCAGACGGUCUCCGUAGAUGGCACGGUGGUCCUGGGUUGCCAGGCGACAGGUAACCCCCCUCCCAAGAUCCUGUGGCGUAAGGACGGUGUGCUGGUGUCCACUCACGACUCCCGGGUCAAGCAGUUGGACACCGGAGCCUUGGAGAUCCGCUAUGCCAAGCUGGGUGACACUGGCAUGUACACAUGCACAGCCUCCAGUGCGAGUGGAGAGGCUUCUUGGAAAGCAUACCUGGAGGUGCAAGAGUUUGGUGUGCCGGUGCAGCCAGUCCGACCCACAGAUCCUAACCUGAUCCCCAGCGCCCCGUCUAAGCCAGAGGUCACCGACGUCUCCCGCUCCUCCAUCACCCUCAGCUGGAAGCCCAACCUCAACGCUGGGGCCACCCCCACCUCUUACGUCAUAGAGGCUUUCAGCCAUGCGUCUGGUAGUAGCUGGCAGACUCUGGCCGACCACGUGAAGACAGAGACGUACGUCCUGAAGGGCCUGAAGCCCAGCGCGGUCUACCUCUUCCUGGUGCGAGCUGCCAACGCCUACGGCCUUAGUGACCCCAGCCCCAUCACAGACGCUGUCAAGACACAAGAUAUCCCUCCAACCAGCCAGGGCGUGGACCACCGUCAGAUCCAAAGGGAGCUGGGAGACGUGGUGAUCCACCUGCACAACCCCACCAUCCUCUCCUCCUCCUCCGUCCGAGUGCAGUGGACGGUCGAGCAGCAGUCGCAAUACAUCCAGGGCUACAAGGUGAUGUACCGGCUCACGGUCCCCGAAGGGCAGCCACGGGGGGACUGGGCCGUGUUUGAGGUGCGAACCCAGGGGGAAGACAACACAGUAGUGCCCGGCCUCAGGAACGGAGCCACCUACGAGUUCAAAAUGCGGCCCUUCUUCAACGAGUUCCAGGGCACGGACAGCGACGUCAAACUGGCCAAGACCCUGGAGGAAGCUCCCAGCGCUGCCCCUCAGGAUGUUACCGUGACAGAGAGCGGCGACAAUGGCACUGCCAUCCUGGUCUCCUGGCAACCACCUCCAGAGGAGGAGCAGAAUGGUGUGGUCCAGGAAUACAGGGUCUGGUGCCUGGGCAACGAGAGCAAGUACCACAUCAACCGCACAGUGGACGGCUCCACGCUGUCCGUGUUGAUCCCCAGCCUGGCCCCCGGGGUGCGCUACAGCGUGGAGGUGGCCGCUGGCACCAGCGCCGGCCCCGGAGUCAAGAGCGACGUCACCUACUUCCAGCUCGAUGAGGCCGGUCGCGUGAGGCAGAGUGUGGACCUCGAGAACACGCUGUCGCAGCAGAUCUCCGACGUGGUCAAGCAGCCGGCCUUCAUCGCCGGCAUCGGCGCCGCCUGCUGGAUCAUCCUCAUGGUGUUCAGCAUCUGGCUGUACCGCCACCGCAAGAAGAGGAGCGGCCUCAGCACCAGCUACGCCGGCAUACGCAAGGUGCCUUCCUUCACAUUCACUCCCACAGUGUCCUACCAGAGGGGAGGGGAGGCUGUCAGCAGUGCUGGAAGGCCCGGGCUGUUGAACAUGGGGGAGCCGGCGUCCCAGCCGUGGCUGGCCGACACCUGGCCCAACAGCUGCUCCAGCCACAACGACUGCAGCAUGAACUGCUGCACCUCCGGCCAAGGCAACAGCGACAGCAACCUGGCCACCUACAGCCGCCCUGCCGACUGCAUCGCCAACUACAACAACCAGUUGGAUAACAAGCAGAGCAACCUGAUGCCGCCCGAGCAGGGCAUGUACGGCGAGGUGGACCUCUCCAACAAGAUCAACGAGAUGAAGACCUUCAACAGCCCCAACCUGAAGGACGGCCGCUUCGGCCCCGGCGGCCAGCCCACGCCCUACGCCACCACCCAGCUCAUCCAGUCCAGCAUCGGCGGGGGAGGAGGGAGCGCUGGAGGUAACAGCGGGGGCAGCGGAGGUGGCAGCGUGGGAAUGAUGGGGGACAUGAACGAGAAGCACUGCUGGAAGCCCUCGCCCUCGAGUCAGAAACAGCCGCAGCAGCACCCGGAUGUGAGCGCCACGCAGAUGCAGUACAACGUCAUGGAGCAGAACAAGCUGAACAAGGACCACUACAGAGGUGGAGAGAGCCCCAACCCAGCCACCAUCCCCUACAACCAGGGCCCCGAACCCAGCACCGGCUCCUACAACAGCUCCGACCGCGGCACCAGCAGCACAUCAGGGAGCCAAGGCCAGAAGAAGGGAACACGGACCCCCAAACUGCCCAAACAGAACACAAUGAACUGGGCUGACCUUCUCCCCCCUCCCCCCGCCAACCCCCCACCCUGUGACAAGUACUCACAUCUCUCUAUGGAGGAAAGUUAUGAACAGGACAUGCAGUGCCCCCUGCCCCCGUCCCGUAUGUACCUGCAGCCGGACGACCUGGAGGAGGAGGAGGACAUGGAGCGAGGGCCAACACCCCCGGUGAGGGGCACAGCCUCGUCCCCGGCCGCCGUCUCCUACAGCCACCAGUCUACGGCCACCCUCACGCCCUCCCCCCAGGAGGAGAUGCAGCCCAUGCUGCAGGACUCGGGCGACGGCAUGGGCCAGCACGACCGCAGACGUCAUGUGGUGAGCCCCCCUCCCCCACCGUGCCCACUCUCCCCCCCGCACACCUACGGCUACAUCUCCAGCCCACUGACGCUCGACACCGACGGCAUGGAGGAGGAAGACGAGGAAGAGGACGAAGCCGAGGAGGAAGGUGAUGAGACGGACGCCGAGGUGGCCAAGGUGCAUCGCCACCACCGGCGCCAGCGGCCCCACCAUCACCAGCAGCAGCAGCACCCGCCCAACCCACACCACCCCCACCAACACCACCACCAGCAGCACGCCCAGGCCCACGCCACCCCCCACCACCCGCACCAGCUGGCCCAGCGGAGGCUGCUGGUGCCCCCGCGCGGCCUGGAGCAGACCCCGGCCUCCAGCAUGGGCGACCUGGAGAGCUCGGCCACAGGCUCCAUGAUCAAUGGCUGGGGCUCGGCCUCGGAGGAGGACAACGCCUCGUCGGGCCGCUCCAGCGCCGUCAGCUCCUCUGACGGCUCCUUCUUCACCGAUGCCGACUUCGCCCAGGCCGUGGCCGCCGCCGCCGAGUACGCGGGGCUCAAGGUGGCCAAGUACCCACAGCAGCCGCAGCUGGAGCAGCACACUGCACCUGGAGCGCGAAAAUACCAAAUAACCCCGUCAGGCCACCGUCCAAGCAGCCCUCUGUCCACCGACAGCAACAUGAGCACGGCGCUGAUGCAGAAGCGGCCUCCCAAGAAACACAAGCAGCAGCAGCAACAGCAACAGCAGCAGCAACAGCAGCAACAGCAGCAACAGCAGCAGCAGCAGCAGCAGCAGCACCUUGCCAGCCACCCAGGCCACCCAGGCCACCACCGCCGGGAACCCUACACAGAUGACCUGCCACCCCCUCCCAUACCCCCACCGGCUGCCCUCAAGUCCCCCACGCACCCAUCCAAAGCUGGGCCGGAAGGCUGGGGGCCCAUGCCCCCUAAGACUGGCUCCAGCGGAGAGAAGAAAGCAGGAGGAGGGUACCGCUCCAGGGACGGAUCGGACACCCGCACCAGCUCCGCCGAGCGCCACGAGGCCCAGGAGAGACAGAAAGCCCCGAGGGGGGGCAAGGCUGGCAAGCACGAGGCUGGCACCAAGGCCCACCAGCAUCAGGGCUCUGAGGACAUCCCGCCCUAUAACCGGCCCUCGUUCCCAGCAGUCCACAGUCCGCGGGAACGCGACCCCGGCUCCUCCAGCUCCCUGUCCUCCAGAGGCUCCGGGGGGCGACGGAAAGGAGAGGGGGAGCAAGCGGGCCGCAGACCUCCGAACCUGGGCCACAACACCAUGGGAGCCUUUCAGCCCGGAGACGAGGAGUUAGAGAUGGUGGAGAGCUGAAGACCAGCUGACCGAGAGACUCCAUCAUGUCUGUUCCAGGAUGAAAACUGAGAAUCCCUUUCCUUCACAACUCUCUGUCGGAUUUUAAAGAAAUCUCACUCCGCCAUGUUCACUGACAAACACUAUAACUCGCCUUGUUGCCAUCAGGAAUACUGACCAGUUGUCCAUCUUUUUUUGUAAUUUAUCAUUUUCUAAGUCCAGUCGAGAAGAAAGAUAAAAAAAAAAACGCAAAUGAUAAGAGAAAAAAAGCAAUUGUGCAUUAGGAGGGAAACGAGCUGUAGUACUUUAUAUGUUGAUUUUGAUGCAAUAUGGAGUGACGGUUACUCCGGUGAUUGUUUCCGACUUUACAGACCCUGGCUAAAACCACAGAAGGACCUUACAGUCGGGUGUUUCUGUAAUAAUAUAUUAGCUACAAGCAGAGCGGGGGAUGGACUGUCUUGUAAAUACACGUGUACACAUGUUUCUUAUUCUUUAAAAUAAUCCAUUGUGGUACUUCCAUUUUUUCGUCCGCGUUUUAUUUUGAAUAAUUUCUAAUGUUAUUAUGCCAGUAAAUAUAAUUAUUUUACCCUUCCCCAAGCCCAUUGUAAAUUGUUAUAUUGUGUAACUGCCCUCGAAAAAGUGCCACAUUGGGAUCCUCCUCUUUUUUUUUUGUAAUGCACUGUUAUAAUGUUUUGUUGUCGUUCAGUGUUGUUUGUCUUUAUUUGUUUUACUUUGGUUUUAAAAGCACAAUCACUAAACUUUAUUUUAAACCAUUUUAUCUAUUAACCUUUUUGUCUUACAUGAGAAAUACAGGUACGACAAAAGAGCCUUGUUAAUCCUGAUGACGUGGGUAAAGACGAUAAGCUGUUUACCUGGGGGUGGAGCUGGGAAACCGACUCCCUGCUGGCUAGUCUACGUCUGUCUCUCGGUCCUCAUCAGAGCGAUAACUUUGUUGUUGUUUUUUUUUUUUUUUUUAAGAGCCUUGUUUUUUUAUUUGUGUUUUCACUUUACUACGAAAUGGUUAUUACAAAACCGAGUAAC